GAAAGCUCCCACGUAAGGUUCCUUAGCAGAACCUUCUAGCAUUUCCAGCACCUUCCAAUUUCUAAUUAUAAAUACCCAAUUUACCCUUUAACUCAUUCCAUCUUCACUGAAAAAAAUAAAUAAAACUUCAAUCAAUUCAACAAAAGCAAAAAAAUGAAGCCAGUGGUACAGGAGAUCAACAAUGGCAAAGUUACGAUCAAAACAGAGUGCAGAGCAAACGAAGAAGGACGAAAACACGUUGAAAAGCUGGAACUCGAUACUAAAAACGUCGAUACUGUUAAGUACGUUGAGAAAAAGUUGACGGAAAAAGGGGUGCAGAGAUUGGAACGGCAUCCAUCGGACGGGCUGCCGUUAAAGCAUGAUCCGAAGAAAGGACACGGAGGUAAGUAUACGUGGGAAGGACCGGAUAAGGAAGCGGAUAAUGAAUUGGAUCCAGCGCCGCCGGCGUUGGAUGAGAAGGAUCCGAAUUAUGUGAAUGAAGAAACAGAGGAAGAUGAAGAAGAAGGAGGAGUUAUUGUGGGUGAAAUUGAAGUAGCAAAAUUGGCUGAAGAAGGUGUUGCUAGAAUUGAAGUUGAUCCUAACUUGAAAAUUGAUUAAUCAUUGUUGAGAUUUGUGUGAUUUGGGUUUGGUAAUUAGUUGUAUUCUGCUGUAUGUAAAGAUGAUGAUGUGAUGAAAUAAUAAGUGAAGUUUUUUCUGGUA